AUGCCGCCUUCUCAGCCGCCGUGGCCUCAUCGCCCUUCUGUCUGGAAGCGUCUAGCUUUGAGACCGAGCCCAUCACUUUUUUUUGAGGACAGAGACCUUAAGGGCCGCUCCUGUGAAGCCACCACAGACCAACCAGACCUGAGUGCCUACCUCAACCACUGCAACUCUCUCAAGGUAGAAACUUGCGGCUGGAUGAUUUAUAGUCCCAACUCCAUAGUCCACCAGUACUUCCUGAGGAAGGGAAAAUAUCCUGAUUACGAGCACUAUGGCUUCAAUGACUCCAUUAGGUCUUGUUCUAUCAUCACAGCACCAUGGGUGAAUUUGUCUUCAGAGCCACAGGAGCACAGCCAGCUACAGUUCUAUGAGAGGAAUGCCUUUGGAGGCAGGAUGUUGGAGUUCAUGGAUAACUGCCCUUCUCUCCAGGAUAACUUUUACUACAGAGACAUCCAGUCUUAUAACAUACUUGAAGGAAGGUGGAUUUUCUAAGAACAGCCGCACUUCCAAGGACAGCAGUACCUCCUGAAGCCUGGUGAGUACAUGCAAUUCACCAACUAGG